AUGGUGCAAGAAAUAGAUUUGGGCGUAACAUGCGAUAUGCACGUGCACGUAAGAGAAGGUGCGAUGUGUGAAUUAGUCACUCCCAAAAUUAGAGAUGGCGGUGUUUCAGUAGCUUACAUCAUGCCAAAUUUACAGCCUCCCAUCACAACAUUGGACAGAGUAGUCGAAUACAAAAAGACUCUGCAAAAAUUGGCUCCUAAGACAACAUUUCUCAUGAGUCUUUACCUUUCUAAAGAAUUGACUCCAGACCUAAUUCAUGAAGCAGCCCAAAAAGGUGCAAUUCAUGGAGUCAAAUGUUAUCCAGCGGGCGUAACAACAAAUUCUUCUGCUGGGGUGGAUCCAAAUGAUUUUAGUGUCUUUUACCCAAUUUUCAAGGCCAUGGAAGAAGAAAAUCUGGUCUUGAACUUACAUGGUGAGAAACCUUCAGUACUGGAAGGAGACGAAGAAGCCAUUCAUGUAUUAAACGCAGAAGAAGCUUUUUUGCCGGCUUUGAGAAAGCUGCAUACCGACUUCCCAAACCUGAAAGUGAUUUUGGAGCAUUGCACCAGUGAGGCUGCCAUAAACACCAUUGAGGAUAUAAAUAAAGACGUGGUGAAUGCUUCAGAUGUAAAAGUCGCAGCUACAUUGACCGCUCAUCACUUGUUCUUGACAAUUGAUGAUUGGGCUGGGAAUCCAGUAAAUUUUUGCAAACCGGUUGCGAAACUUCCAAAUGAUAAGAAAGCUUUAGUCAAGGCUGCUGUAUCAGGGAAACCAUAUUUCUUUUUUGGUUCCGACUCAGCUCCUCAUCCCGUACAGAAUAAGGCCAGGUAUAUGGGCGUUUGCGCGGGGGUUUACUCACAGUCCUUUGCGAUUCCAUAUAUCGCUCAAAUCUUCGAAGAGCAAGAGGCUCUAGAUAACUUGAAAGGAUUUGUUUCAGAUUUCGGAAUUUCCUUUUAUGGCAUCGAAGAUAGUAAAUUAGCCUCUGCCGACAAAGUGGUGCUAUUCAAAAGCGAACAGACGGUUCCUCAGUCUAUAAGUGACGGGAAGGAAGUAAGCGUUAUCCCAUUCAAAGCGGGUGAUAAACUAAGCUGGUCUGUGAGAUGGGAGUCUUGUUGA